GGAUGGGGGGGGGAGGCGGAGGGAAGCCGAGGAGGCGCGCGAGAGCGGGGAAGUGGGCGCGCAGCUGAGGCGGCUGCGUCUCGCGGUGUGGUCGUCGACUGAGAUGUCGGUCUGAGUUCAUUGGAUUGUUGCUUGAUGGUGGAAAAUGGGCGAGAUAGAAGGCACUUACAGAGUGCUGCAGACUCCAGGUUCUCGUUUGGGGGUGCAGAAAAACUCUGGAGUGAGCACCCUGGAACCAGGACAGAACCUCUCCUCUGCUAUAGCCUCAACACCUGCUAAAACACAUGAGAGGUCUAUUCAAAUAAGGAUAAAGCAUUUGGACAACACUGUGGAGAUACUUGAUAUUGAGUCAAAAUGUUAUGGCCAGAAACUGCUGACAGAAGUAUUUAAUCGGUUGAAUUUGGUUGAAUCGGACUACUUUGGAAUUGAAUUCCAGAACAUGCAAUCAUAUUGGAUUUGGCUUGAGCCUAUGAAACCUAUAUUUAAACAAAUACGAAGACCAAAGAAUGCAUUGCUUCGUCUAGCAGUAAAGUUCUUUCCUCCUGACCCUGGUCAACUGCAAGAGGAGUAUACCAGGUAUCUAUUUGCUUUGCAAAUCAAGAGAGAUCUAGCUGAGGAACGCCUUAUCUGCAAUGACAAUACAGCAGCACUCCUCAUCUCUCACCUUCUGCAGUCUGAGUUAGGAGAUUUUGAUGAAUCUGGGGACCGAGAGCAUCUUAAAAACAACCGGUACUUUCCAAACCAAGAAAGACUGCAAGGAAAAAUACUUGAAUUUCACAGGAAGCACAUGGGCCAAACUCCAGCUGAAUCAGAUUUCCAGGUGCUUGAAAUAGCUCGGAAGUUGGAAAUGUAUGGCAUGAGAUUUCACCUGGCAUCUGACCGUGAGGGAACAAAAAUUAAUCUGGCUGUAUCGAACAUGGGCGUACUGGUAUUCCAGGGUAAUACAAAAAUCAAUACUUUCAACUGGUCCAAAGUCCGAAAAAUAAGCUUCAAAAGAAAACGAUUCCUUAUCAAGCUUCAUCCAGAAGUUCAUGGUCCAUAUCAAGACACUCUGGAGUUUCUUUUGGGAAGUAGAGACGAGUGCAAGAACUUCUGGAAAAUAUGUGUUGAAUAUCACACUUUCUUCAGGCUAUUUGAUCAGCCAAAACCAAAGUCAAAAGCAGUCUUUUUCAGCAGAGGGUCAUCUUUCAGAUACAGUGGGCGUACACAGAAACAAUUGGUGGAUUAUGUUAAAGAAAGUGGGUUGAAAAAAAUCCCAUAUGAAAGGAGGCAUAGUAAAACUAGAAUGUCUGCUCACACCUUGCAUGCUGAUACACCCAAACAGAGUGCCUCAUUUACAGAAGGAUUAAGAACCCCUGGGCCUAAUGCAUGUACAUAUGCCUCCUUCCAUUCGGAUAAUGUGUUAGCCACAAACAUUGCCAGCUUGCCCACUUUCACAGAGAGCAAUCCUUUCUUUUUGGAGCCCAGAAUAUCCCAUACAAGGAGCUUGGCCGCAGAAGCAAAUAGUGGGACAUCAGAAGAAACUGGGAAGAAAGUGAUACAGCAGCCUGGAUCACCAGUACUCCAGUCAUUCCAAGGUCCUCAGCUGUCUUCCUUUGUAAUGAAGAGUCCAAUGACUUUGAAUCCCUCGUUUCAUGUGAAUAUGAACACACCUGGCCAGGGCUCAUCUCCUCUUUUGAGUCCUGUCCUGAGCGAUGUUGGUGGUGCCAGGAUAGAAGAAGAGGAUGAGGCAAGGCGUAAGAGGUACCCAGCAGACAAAGCCUAUUUCAUUGCAAAAGAAAUUCUUGCUACUGAACGAACUUAUUUAAAAGACUUGGAAGUUCUAACUGUAUGGUUCCGCAGUGCAGUUGUCAAGGAAAAUGCCAUGCCUGAAGGUCUCAUGACCUUGCUGUUCUCAAACAUAGACCCCAUCUAUGAAUUUCACAGAGGUUUUCUGAAAGAGCUUGAACAUCGGCUAGCACUUUGGGAGGGACGUUCCAACGCUCCCACGAAAGGAGAUUAUCAACGGAUUGGUGAUGUCUUGCUGAAAAAUAUGCAUAUGCUAAAGGAAUAUACCACCUACCUGAAGAAACAUGAUGAAGUCCUGUCAGAGUUAGAGAAAGCAACGAAGCGCAUAAAGAAACUGGAAAUGGUUUAUAAGGAGUUCGAACUCCAGAAGGUUUGUUACCUGCCACUCAACACUUUCCUGCUGAAACCCAUCCAGAGGUUAAUGCACUACAAGCUGAUCCUGGGGAGACUUUGCAAACACUACGUGCCAGAUCAUCGGGACUACACCGACUGCAGGAGUGCACUGAAAGAAAUCACAGAAAUUACAUCACAGCUUCAAAACAGUCUCAUCCGUUUGGAGAAUUUCCAGAAGCUAACUGAGUUACAGCAUGACCUGCUUGGCAUUGAUAACCUUGUAGCAGCUGGCAGAGAAUUUAUCCGGGAAGGCUGCUUAUACAAGCUUACCAAAAAGGGUUUACAGCAAAGGAUGUUCUUUCUGUUUUCAGAUAUGUUGCUCUACACCAGCAAAGGAGUCACGGGUACCAAUCAGUUCAAAAUUCAUGGUCAUCUCCCUCUGCAUGGGAUGCUGGUGGAAGAGAGCGAAAACGAAUGGUCUGUCCCUCAUUGCUUUACCAUUUAUUCAGCUCAAAAAACCAUAGUAGUGGCAGCAAGCACUCGUCUGGAAAUGGGGAAGUGGAUGGAAGAUCUAAAUAUGGCAAUUGAAAUGGCCAAGAAAUUCACUGAGAAAUCAGAGAUGUUUCUAGAAAACUCAGUGUGCAAUCGUUCUAACAGAUCCUCAGAUGAGGUAUCUCUAGAACAGGAGUCCGAAGAGGACAUACAUUCUUCUCGUAGCUCCCUGGACAGGCAGAGCCACCACCGUGCCAAUACUACCAUGCAUGUAUGCUGGUAUCGCAACACCAGUGUCUCCAUGACAGAUCACAGUGUGGCCGUCGAGAACCAGCUGUCAGGAUACCUACUGAGGAAAUUCAAAAAUAGUAACGGCUGGCAGAAGCUGUGGGUUGUUUUUACAAACUUCUGUUUGUUCUUCUACAAGACGCAUCAGGAUGAUUAUCCACUGGCCAGUUUACCACUUCUCGGUUACACUGUCAGCAUACCCGUAGAAGCCGAUGGCAUUCAGAAGGAUUAUGUCUUCAAACUGCAGUUCAAGUCCCAUGUAUAUUUCUUCAGGGCUGAGAGCAAGUACACCUUUGAGAGGUGGAUGGAAGUAAUAAAGAGAGCCACAAGUUCUCCAGGGAGAUCCAGCCUCUGCCUUCCUAAAGAUGAAAAGGAAAAGAACACAAACUGAUAGAAGCAGAGCUGGGUCUCUGUUGUAAGUUAAUUAUUUGCAGUGUGGGGGAAAGGAGCCUGAGCAUGCUAGUAGUAAAAGGAACCAUCUGCUCCCUCCUGUGGCCAAGUUAGCUGCCUCUUGGAAGAUGGUGAUUUUUGCAUAGUGUAGAAAGCUCUCUCAUCCAAAGGGACUGCAAAGACUCUGGGGAAUUCAGUUCAUGAAAAAAAUGUGGCUGCUGGAUUUACAUGACUUGCUUCUUUUGGUGGGGUUUGGCCAAUGUUAGUUCUCUGGCUUUCAAGUGGUUUUCUAUUAUUUGUUAAUGCUCAGUCUCGACUAAAUAACCUGUGUGCAACUUGUUCUUUCAGCCUACCAGCCAUACAUGCCUCACAUGCUGCAAGCAAUGUUCACAUUAAUGUUAAGAUGGAAUUUCUCCUCACUGUAGAGCAGAGUGCUUCGGAAAGUUGCCAGGAAGCAACUUCACCCUUCUUGCAAACAAAGUUGAAAGGAUUGUUUUUAUUUGGGUAGUGGGCAUGAGAAAAGAGGAUUCCAUGGUCAGUUUGAAGGGGUAGAAAAGUACACAGAAGAUACUGAAGUAUGCAAAGAUGAAGAUAGCGGACCUUUUAGUGUGUCUGUACCCCUGCAGAUUCUGUUCUGGGCUUGAGAGUGGUGCUUGUUAUGUUUUGGCUAAGUUCUUUUAAAAGUUAUAAAUAUGCAUACAGACAGUUGGAAAGGAAAGGCAGCUUCAGCAAAUAACCAGUCCGUUUUUAUUACCUCAGCCAAAACAUCUUUUGUAACAGGUGUGCAGGUAUGUCCAAUAAGCACGCAUGUGCAGCAAUAAUAAAAGCCUAGUAGUGUUUGGGGGUGACUAACUAUGGAAGGGUUUAUUCCUUCAUUAACGACACACCUCUACUUCUUAGUUCCUUUAACAGUGACAUGCCAGGGUGGGGGGAAUACUCAGGGACUUAGUAUGAGAACUGGUGUAGACAUAUAUUUAAAAGUGUGUAUUUAGGAAUUAAGGCAGAUCAGUUGAAACAAGUACUGCACAAUGGCAAGAUAUUUGAAAUCCCCCCUUUUCGCUAUAGUGCUAUUGUCCCGAGAUCAUGGAGGCAGAGCCUACGCAUUUUGUUUUUUAAGUUCAUAUACUUCUUUCAUGGGACAGAUAUGGUUUAUCACCUCACCCUUGGAUAGUAGUAGGAAGUAGUCUGCUGGUUUGAAGGCGGUCUUGUCAUGUUAUACUGUGUUGAGCAACAAUGUGGUGAUGGGUAGUGUGCUUUAGAAGAAACUGAGGUGAAAAAAAAAAUUAUAUAUUGAACACCGCAUUUUGAAGUAUGUGGCAAUUAAAGGAGAGGCAGGACAUGGGAAGAUACAGAUGUCUUUAUUACUCCUCAUAUUGACCCUUAAAAUUAUGUAGGUCAGUCUUUUAGGUAGAAGGUUGGGGUUGGUUUCCCACUUAGAGGGCAAAGGGAAGGUUUGUUACAUUUUUUGUUUGACGUUGUCAUUUAUAAGGAAGCUACAAAGUGCUAAAUAUUCUUCUCUACUAUUAUGGCCAUUCAAUAUACAUUAAUGUAUUUUUUUAUUUAUUAGUGUCUGUUUUUGGAAAUAAACUAUUGUAGAUCUCUAGGUGGCUCAGUUUGUCAUAACCUAAUUCUUAUUCCAUUCAGAAUUUUCAACAUAAAAAGGACUCCCAUCUCAGCAGUGCCCACAUUCUCAUUUCAAAUGCAUAGUCUGCAGUAGUCCAUUUUUCCUAUUUUAUUAACUUAAGACCUCUAGUGAGCUGUGGCUGGCCUACAACUGAAGUCUGAUCAAGGCUUAACCAAAAUUGUCAACAACAAAAAAUAAUAAUUGAGAGUUGACGGGGGGCUUUGUGGGCAAUCUGCUUCAAGCCCCUGCUUGUCGUAAGAAAUCCUACAGCCUUCACAACAGAUGGCUGUACAGCAUCUGCUAGAAGAGCUGCAGGGAAGGGAGAGUCUACCACAUCCAUAGGUAAAUAAUUUUACUGUUGAAUUGCUGUUACGUUCAAGAUGUUUCAGCUAAUGGUCAACUGAAAGCUCCCCUCGGAUGAAAUUUAGUCCUGUCCUUUGUGGCACCAAAGUACAUUUCCUUUCCCUUCCCUGCAAGUAUCUUCUCCAGGCUAAACAUACCCAGUUUUUUCAAUCUUAGUUCCCCAGACCCACCACCACCACCAAAAACAGCUGCUCUGAUUUACCUUAGAACUCUCCCAACCAGUGUGUGGAUAGAUGCACUCUAGCAAAACAACCUUGGCCCUUCAGUAGCAUAACUGAAAUCCCACACUGCAUUAGAUCAGACAGAAAUAGUCCUUACUCCCCUGAAGUAACUCCAGUCCAGUUUUGGAGUUUCUAGCAAUGCAUAAAUAACCAUAUAGUCAGCCUUUACUUGACAAGUUAGUUUUAUUGAAAGUGGCAGAUCCCUCUCACUGCUCAUUUGAAAAACUAAGACAUUGUUGUUUGAAUACUAGAGACACUGUGAGAGCUUUACUGGUGAUUUGUGAGUUAAAUGCAAGGUACCUUUUAUGAACAGCACAAAGUAGCAGCUUCACAGCUUCCUGUUUUCCUUUCUACAUCAUUCCCAUAAUGUUUCGUAAGCAGUCCUGGAGGAUAAUGGUAAAGGAAAAUGGAUUCUUCAUAUUCCUGCCCAUGUUCUCAACUCAGCUAUCCAUGAGCAAAACUGAGAAUGCAGCAACUGCAGCUCUGAAGACACGGUUCUAGCAUAAAGUAUGAAUACCAAGAAAAAAGCAUUUCCAUUACUUUUCCACAAAAAUUACUUGCAAGGGUAUGUAGAAUAGGCAAUUCCACCUCCACCCCUGAA